UUCGUUUAUGCUUCAACGGUGUUUGGUGAAUUGCCUUCAUAUGUGAUGUUAGUGUAUUGGAUCCCUCAAUCUCCUCCUACCAUCCCUGAUAAUGCCUCACAUCAAGUGGGAAUUGCAGCUUUUGUAUUCAACGAGGAGGGACAGGUUCUAGUAGUUCAGGAAAAGUGUGGACCUUACAAAGAUUCUGGGUUGUGGAAGAUGCCAACAGGAAGGAUUAACCAGGGGGAAGGCAUUAAGGAAGGGGCCAUAAGAGAAGUUCACGAAGAAACAGGGAUUGAUGCAGAAUUCGUAGAAGUGGUUGGCUUCAGGGAUGGUCACAAUGCCCCUUUUGGAAAAUCGGAUAUGCUCUUCGUGUGUCUGUUGAGAUCCGUUUCUUCUAAUAUUGUGGUGCAAGAUACCGAAAUUUCUGCAGCCAAGUGGAUGGCGAUAGAAGAAUUUGCAUCUCAACCUAAAAAUCAGCAAAGCAAACUUUUAAAAGAUAUGAUCGGCGUGUGUGUUGCCAACGUCAACGGACGAUGUAAAGGAUUUUCAGGCAUUGGGAUAUCGUCUAACUCGCGCAAACCCUCUGCAUUCUACUGCAAUGCCCUCUAUUCUCAAUAAUUUAUCGGCAAACCGAAGAACAAAGCUAGAAUGGAUGCCAGGCACUCACUUUAAUACAUCCAUCCUAGUUAGGUCUAGAAAUUGCUUGCACGUUGCAUAAGGAGGUGCAACGAUUACCUCAGAGAAUAUUAUGUUUAACAUGUUAA